AUGACAAGAUCAACCCAAACCGCACAGAAUGACAUUCCAAAUGGCGAGAACAACUUUCCACCAUUCACGGCCAAAUCGCAGGAUCAGACGCAAAAUCCAUUUGAGCCGUUCAGUUUUGAUGGACAGAAAGAUACAAGAGACUUCGGUCUACCUUGGAGUGCCCCUUUCCCUGCUGCCAUCAAAGUUGUCGACAUAGAAACCAUCCCACAAGCUGUGUCUUUGAUCCGCACGUUUUCACAGAGUGGCCAACUCCGAGAACUUGUGAAGAGCCACGGAGGUGCCAUUCUUAUUCGUGGUCUUCCUCUGAAAACCCCUUCCGACUACAGCAAAGUCGCCCAUGCCUUCGGUUUACAACCUCACGUUGAAGUAGGGCGUCCUCCACUGAGAACAGUACUGGCCCCAAAUGUUAAGACUGCGAAUGAAGGACCACCAGAGCUUCCCAUUUGGCCCCAUAACGAGUACGGUUGGUCGACCAUAAACCCAUCCUGGCUGACUUUCAGCGCACUCGAAAUUCCCACCGAGGGUGGGGCCACUCCAAUCACCUCCUCAAUAUACGUGGUAUACCGUUUAUCAGUACUGGCACCUCACUUUGUUGAGAAAUUGCAAAAGCUGGGGGUCAAAUACACAUACCGUUAUACAGUCAAUCAGGUGAUCUCCAAUACAGGCGCGAGCAUCCGAGAAGCUUAUGGAGUACACGUCAAGGAUGAGGAUGACGAAGAUACAGCGAGACAAAAGAUUGAAGCGGAAGUGAGACGCCACAGUGACAGAUUUGAGUGGCAUGAUGAUGGCAGCUUGAGUGUGACACAUGUGGUUCCUGCCAUCCGCAUCCACCAGCCCACCGGAGCUCCGAUCUUCUUUGGGAACAUCACUUCUGCCUGGGGUCGCAGCAGACAUCAUGGAGCGACUAGACCACCAUUCCGUGGUGAUGACGGAUCCUAUCACCCUCCGCCUCAAUUCGGCGAUGGCACACCCAUGGAUGUAAAGGAUUUGGAUCUAUUGUUAGAUAUUGCAGAGCGGAGCGCAGUGGAUAUCACAUGGAACCAGGGGGAUCUGGUGAUACUUGACAAUUUUGCGGUGCAGCAUUCCCGCCAACCCUGGAAGGGCACUCGACUCGUGUUGGCUGCCUUGUGGGAAGACGAAGGGCGAGUUGAAGAUUUCCCCGAAGGACGGGAACUUUUGAGUCGCGCGCCCCGAUUCCCUAUAAUUGAAGAAUCGAUACAGUGA